CUCGUGAUCAUUUAAGGUGUUGGCGUUCAAAAAAAAGUCAAGGGAAUGGGAGUUCAUUUGCAAGUGGUCAACCGGUUAGAUUCAAAAUGGCCCGGUUGUCCACUUGAGGGGGAGUGUUAAGAGUAUCCCACAUCGGAAAAGUGUGAGAAAAAUAAUCGGUAUAUAAGCUCUUAAGUUGAACUAACUAAUCGAUUGGAUUCAAUCUUUUAAAUGUGGAGAGACCGGCUUCUUGUUUUGAACUUAUUGGUUUUCCGGAACACUUCGGACGUGGAGGAGGACGUAGUGGUAUGCAACGUGGUCGAGGGGGCCGAACUUCAUCCGGUCGUGGUUACCAGGCAGGAGGCCGUGACAGCAGUGGCAGGGGUCCUGCCCGGUUUAGCAGUGCCUCUCACGGCAAUAAUACCACAGCAGCUCCAUCCGGCGGCGCCCAUGCUGUCAAUACAUAUGCUUCCUCCAUUUUAAGUGAUCAAAUGGCCAAGUUAAUGUCUUUACUUGAGUCCUCUUCCUCUCCACAGUACACGGAGGAGUCUCCGUCUUCGUCAUCUCCGUCGCCCCCCGCUGAUUUCCCCACUCUUCCCACCCUGGACACCACGUCUUUAGCCACUUCCCUCCCCGUGUCAACCCCUUCCUCUCCACAGUCGCGUCCUUCCCUGCCAGCAGCCAGCGACCAGCCCCAGCCCUCCACUGUUGUCGUCUCAUCAACAGAGGCUGCUGGAGCAGAUCCUACUGCCGAUGCUCCUCCCCUGCGUCAUUCCUCCCGUCCCCACCCAUACAGUGCUUCUUCACCCCAACCCAAAAGCUCCCCUCCCCAUCCCAAACAACAAAACCAACAAACAAUGUCACAGAGGGACGUGUACACCAUGAAAGAGUUCUUUGAAGUCCUCUCCCUCCAGGAACAGACCGUCUUCCUCCAGAUCAAGCGCCAGCAGCAGGCUGUCGCUGCCGGCGCCACAAAUUCCGGCGUCUGUUCCUUGGAUGACAUGCUGGAGAUGAUGGCCCUCCAGGAGAAGAAGGCGGCCUUCGAGAAGAACAGGCGGGAGAAGCUGGCCAACCCCAACGUCCGCCGCCCCACUGUGAUUGAGCUAUUUGGGGAGCUUCAUCACUCUGAACCUCUUCCUCCUCCCUCCCCUCCUUCCUUUGUUGAUCUUAACUCUUCUUCUCCGGCGAACUUCUCCCUUGGAGAGAGCUCAAGCUCCCUCUCCGGAGAAGUGCGUGACUCUGAGGAGGAGUGGAGGGACCCAAAUCAUGCUGGCCCUCGUCGUGGAAGGAACGUGGGAGAGGGUAACAACCGCAGCGCUUGAAGAAGAGAGAACUAGGGAAGGUGGCAUGAUCAGAUCGAUGGAUGGAUCGGAUGGUGUGGACUUGAUAAUUAAAUAUAUGUAUUGUCUUUAAUUAGUUCUUUUCUUUAUUUAAUUAAUAAUGCUUUUAUUAAAUAGAAUUAAAUAUCAUAACGUGUAAGAACAAGACAUGAAUGAAUUGUGAAGAAGUGUAAUUAAGCUAUAUAUUUUCU